AUGGCAGAUGGUAGGGAUCAAUCUGACCCACAAAUGGCUACUGGCCACUUACAGUCGCCAACUUCAGCUGGUCUAGAUACAACCUACAGAGCCCCUCAGGAAAAUGAUGGAUCAGAUUCAGGGGGACAUCUAAAGGGAGCUACACGUUCUAGAUGGGAGAUCAGUCAGUUGGGAGUGCCCAAGUACCAACAUCGAAAGCCAUUAGUUAGCUCCAUUUAAAGCCCUCCACUGAUACUUUCGUAUUAAGUCUUGACCACCUGGUUUGUACCUUACAACACUUCACACUUUAUUCCCUUUAUUCCGCAGCUGCAGUAUAUACCACAGCCCACAUGGGCAAACCAGUUCUGAACACUUUUGUAGUCACAACUGAUUGUUCCAAGCCAGCUUGUUGUGCGCCUUCAGUGACCAAAGGCCCUUGCAAACUUGAUGUCGUAUCUGAACUGUAUUAA